CGCUCGGGAACAGAGAGCGUGUCCGUUUCCUUCGCGGCCACUUCCCUUCCCCGUGCCCAGGCACAAAUAUCGCCACCGCCAUCGCCCUCCCAGUCCCAUCUUCUUCUUCCCCCAGCUCUUCUCCGCCGAUCCAGUGCCGCUCGUGUAGUUCACCCACGCCAAAAGCGUUCGCCGUUCGCGCCGUCUGGCAACCCGCACCCCCCACCGCUCCAGCAGACCGGCACGGCCCCCUGCGGAUAAAGAGCCAUUUUUGGAGCUCCGCUUUCGGAAUCGGCACCCAAAAGGGCAACGGGAGAUCCGGCCGCCCCUUUUUGGCCGAUCGGUCCGCCGGUAUAUACGGACCCAUCUUUUCUCGGCGCGCGCGUGCGUGCUGUGCGGCGGAAGGCUGAGAGAGCGGCAAUUGAAGGUAGGAAGAGGAGUUUCGGUUCUUGGAUGGUCGUUGCCGUCCGGCCGGACCGCCCCGACCGAUGGAGUUCUGGCCGGAGUUCCUCGCGAGCAGCGGCGGGCACGAGUUCGUGGCGGGGGGCGUCGGCGGCAUGGCCGGCGUGCUGGCGGGCCACCCGCUCGACACGCUCCGCAUCCGCCUGCAGCAGCCGCCGCCGCCCGCCAGCCCCGGGAUCACCACCGGCCACGCGCGGCUAGCUGCGCGGCCGCCCUCCGCCGUCGCGCUGCUGCGCGGCAUCGUCCGCGCCGAGGGCCCCUCCGCGCUCUACCGCGGCAUGGGCGCGCCGCUCGCCUCCGUCGCCUUCCAGAACGCAAUGGUCUUUCAAGUCUACGCGAUCCUAUCGCGGUCGCUCGACUCUCGGACGUGCACCUCCGAACCUCCUUCCUACACGAGCGUGGCGCUCGCCGGCAUCGGCACCGGGGCAUUGCAGACGCUGAUCCUAUCCCCGGUCGAGCUCGUCAAGAUCAAGCUGCAGCUAGAGGCCGCAGGGCGGAGGCACCGCGGUCCGGCGGACAUGGCCCGGGACAUCUUCCGGAGGGAGGGCCUCCGCGGCAUAUACCGCGGGCUCACGGUGACCGCGCUCCGGGACGCGCCGUCGCACGGCGUCUACUUCUGGACGUACGAGUAUGCGCGGGAGCGGCUGCACCCGGGCUGCCGGCGCACGGGGCAGGAGAGCCUUGGCACGAUGCUCGUCUCCGGUGGCCUUGCCGGCGUCGCCAGCUGGGUCUGCUGCUACCCGCUGGACGUGGUGAAGUCGCGGCUGCAGGCGCAGGCGCAGACGCACCCGAGGUACCGUGGCGUCGUUGACUGCUUCAGGAAGAGCGUCCGGGAGGAAGGGUUCCCGGUGCUAUGGCGCGGCCUUGGCACGGCCGUCGCGCGGGCGUUCGUCGUCAAUGGCGCCAUCUUCUCCGCCUACGAGCUGGCCCUGCGGUUCUUGGUCCGCAACAACGGGCAGACGAUGCAGGUUAUGGAGGAGCACUGAACUGGCGAGAUCAUGGAUGCAACUCCACCCACUUGCAUUGCAAGAUUGGAGUUGCUCGCGACAUGCGCCCGGGUUGUUGUGUUGUACAUAGGGUAGUGUCCAAUGGAAGUGGCUAUGGGGUCAUUACCAUUACAGCAAGGUGUGAUUUUCAGGUAGGGUGGUUAGUAGCUGCAGAAUUCACACAAAUUGGCACUAUAUGUGUGCUGCUUGAUGACGACGAUUAGUUCUCCCAAUGUUUUGGGAAAUGCUACUGCAUAAUAUACAGCAAAACCAUUCAAGAUCAUGAGUGAAUGACCCGGUGCCGGAUCAA